AUGCUGGAAUUCAUGGAUUACGUCCAACUGGCGUUCGCCGAAGCGACACGCUGGAACCAAGACAACUCCUACUCUGCAUUAACUGCGACAGCUGAAUCGCUCCUCGAUUUUCACGUCCCCGAACGACUCCAAGUUCGCCUAUCUUCACUAUCCACCCCCCAUUUCGCGACUUCGUAUACGCUAGGGACUGUCGGAUUGAUCGAUGGUUCAGUCUCAUACCUGUUUAGCACUGUUCCACUAAAUAACACUCCAUCACAAAGCGGGCUUAUUCCUCUACGACGAUUAGUCCGUGGUUAUAGACAGAUUGAAGCUCCUGUUCCGCCGCGUCGGAAUUGGGGCUGGGAUGCGAUACCUUCACCUAACUCUUUACAGAAUAUAGACGGCGCAGAGAACAAUGAUGAUGUCGUUCGAAAAGCGACGCUACUACAUGCGACGCUACACUUGCCACCUCCUUCCACACUUAAUGCACUAUUCUUACGGCGCAUCUCUCCCACAACGCAGAUUACGGCCUCUUUGGUCUCAACGCAGGCUCCGCCACUGGUAAAAUCGGCACCGUCCGCAGCUCUACUCGCUCAGAUCUCUCAUGAUACCGGGACCUUCAGCAAUGAAUAUUUGUUCAGUACGGAUAAUGCACUCUUCGGCUGGCGCGGUCUCUGGAACAUAGGCCUCGAGCCCGCGCCAGGUAAAGCGUCCACGGACAAAGUAUCCCUACUUUCCGCGGGUGCAGAAGCAUACUACUCUCCAAUCUCGUCUUUAGUCGGGCUCUCGACAGGCCUAAAAUUUACUACAUUGCCAGCAGCGUCCCGAACGCCGUCCUCUUCCUCGUCUGGUAGUACACCAAAUCCCAUAUCAAGUUUCCCAUACACCUUGACACUCACACUCACGCCUCUCACUGGUUCUCUAUCAACAACAUACUCUGCCCGCGCAUCUCCCAAUCUCGCAUUUAGCUCCCGUUUUGGGUUUAAUGUGUACAGCUGGGAAAGCGAAAUGGUAGCUGGAUGCGAGAUAUGGCGUAAGAGUCCUCGCACAGAGCCGGUCGAAGUGGAUGAUGGUCUUGAAUGGGCACGACGCAAGAUGGGUAUUGUCAAGGAUUUAGCGGCAGAGAAAAUCUCCUCGCUCUCUUCGUCUAACAACCCACAAGCGAUUGAAGAAGAUGAAGGAGAUUCCGUCAUCAAGAUCCGAGUUGAUCAGUCCUGGAACGUGCGAUUACUUUGGGAAGGGCGAGUUAAGUCUCUGCUUGUAACUGCGGGCGUGUCACUCGGUCCGGGAUCGUUUACGGCAUUAUCGAGCAUUCCUUCGUCGCCGACAUCGUCUUCUGCACCCGUAGCAGCGGCAGGGACAGGGUCUAGUCAAAGUAGUGGUGGAGGAGCAGCACCUACCUCGAGACCGUCAUAUUGGCAAGGCGUGGGUGUCUCUAUUCUAUAUUCAUCAUGA